ACUUCUGUAUUGAUUUUACUCAGUUUUACAUCAGAUGAUUUUACAGCCCCGAAAUAGGAAUGUAUUUUCAAAAUCUAAUAACUGUUUUAUAAAAUGCAUUGAAUCGAACUGCUAAUGUUCAAGGUGGCACUAAGCGGGAUUUUAUUCUUUGGAAUAUUUCUGGUCGUAUCUCCAGCUUCAUCAAAAUGGAUAUUGGAACUGGGUGAUAAUUUCAUUGAUGUACGUAAAGAUGGGGAAGGAUAUUGGCUGGUUCUGUUUUAUACCCCUUGGUGUGGCCAAUGCAGUAGACUGGAACCAAUAUGGGCACAUGUAGUGCAAGCACUCAAGAACACGCACAUACGUGUUGGCAGAGUUGAUUGCACCACUUUUCCAAAUGUCCCGAAGGCAUUCAACGUGAUUACAUACCCAACAAUCAAACUGUUCAAAGUAGAUGAUGAAUUCACAUUUGAAGGAGACAAAAAUACAGACGAAAUUGUUAACUUUGCAAUAAGAAUGUCAGGACCUUCAGUACAACAUGUCACCCGUUCAGAGAGUUUGACCAAUAUAAAAAAUAUGAAUCAACUAUUUUUUAUGUAUGUGGGAGAUAAGGACGGGUUGCUGUGGGAUACAUUUUCUGAUGUAGCCUCAAAGAUGCAGGCACAUGCAUUUUAUUAUUCUACAAGCGUGGAUAUUGCUAAGAGGCAUAUUGAUAUUCAUUCAUUGCCUGCAGUUUUUGUCCAUAAAGAAAACUCGCAUUUCUUCUACCCAGUGGGUGAAGGUAAUUUUAUAGAAGAGAGUGAAAAUCUGAAUGCUUCCAUCCAUGAAUGGAUCAAUCAUGAAAGGUUCGAAACAUUUCAAAAAAUCACAGAAGGGAAUUUCAAUGAGAUACUCCGAACCAAGAAAUACAUAGUAUUAGUAGUUGUAGAAGAAAACAAAUUGUUCCAAGUACCGAAAGAAAUGCUCGAAUUUCGAAAUAUAGUGGAGAGCUUGAUAAGGAAAAAGAAAGAAAAAUACCAUAAAUACUUUCAGUUUGGUUGGACUAGCAGUCACGAAUUGGCUAACAGCAUUGCCAUGGAAAUUCUUUCAUUACCAUAUUUGUUAGUGCUGAAUUCUACAACAAUGCACCACCAUGUUCCUGAAGAUGACCCAACCGAAAUGACUGUUGAUGCUAUUGAUAUGUUUCUAGAGAAGAUUUAUAAUCAGACAGCCCCUACGUAUGGAGGAAACGACUUGGCUGUCAGUUUCUACAGACAGUAUUUCAAAGCAAGAACGACUCUGGCAGAUAGAUGGAGGGGAAAUCCAGUGUUGACAACAGUGUUGCUUGGGCUUCCAUUAGGAUUCCUGUCAUUUAUAUUGUAUUCUUGCUGUUGUGCUAAUAUAUUGGACGCAGACGAUGAUGAAGAAGAAGAGCAUGAGAAGAGAGAAUAGAGCAUCAAAUAUUUCGAGAAAGAAGAAAAACGUGUUGUUCUGGAGGAAGGUGUUUCAAUUUCUAGUCAAAAUAUUGGUACCUGAAUGUCAUUGUAAAACGUUGAUUGCAGUAGCGAUGAAAAAUAAAUUAGUUGAAAAAAAUAUCCACUUUUUCAACAUUCUAUCUAUUUAGUAAAUAUAAAUAUAAAGACGACUUCUAACAAUAUAUAAAAUACCUAAUAAAAAUUUCGAUUAACUCGAUGUAAACUUUUUGGUUAUUGAAAAUUUUCAAUGAAAAUCAACAGCCUUAGAUUGUGUAACAUCCUUUUUUCUUAGUGAUUCAUCCAUUCGUAACUGUUCUUGCUGAAGCUGCAUUCGAAUUGCACCAAGCUGGGUUAAAAUACUUCGGGUUUGGCCAUCUUUAGAUGAAUCCGUGUGAUUCACUAUAUUUUUUUGUACUGUAGGAU